AUGGCUCCAACGGCAACAUCCACCCUCGCAGGCGAGAGCACAGGCAAUGCUGAAGUUGGCGCUUUGGGCAAAUCGAAGUCGGGCAAGCAAUUGAAGAUAAGGUCGUACCCUAAGUUCGAAUCUCUUGAAGCAGAACGGCUUUAUCGAAAGCAGCAUCUUGCUGCGGCUUUCCGUGUAUUUGCCGAGCGAGGCUUUGACGAAGGCGUCGCUGGUCACAUCUCUUAUAGAGACCCAAUAUUGACAGACCAUUUCUGGCUAAACCCGCUGUCCAUGCAUUUCUCGCAAAUCAAGGUAUCGGACCUAAUUCUGGUGGAUGAAGAGGGCCUCGUGGUAGAGGGUGACCAGCCAAUCAACGCGGCAGCGUUUGCGAUCCAUUCCGCCAUUCACAAGGCAAGACCUGAUGUCCACGCAGCAUGUCAUGCGCAUAGCGUCUAUGGCAAAGCCUUUUCCGUCUUUGGCCGCGAACUUGACAUGAUAACGCAGGAUAGCCUCAGAUUCUACCGCGACCAUUCCGUUUACCCUCAAUUCGGGGGCGUUGUGAUAGACAGAGAAGAAGGACGGCGCAUAGCAGAGCACCUGGGCUCUUGCAAGGCCAUCAUUCUCCAAAAUCACGGUCUGCUCACUGUUGGGGAGACUGUCGACGCCGCCGCCUUCUUCUUCUUAUCUCUGGACAAAACUUGUCAUGCUCAGCUCCUGGUGGACGCGGCAGCACACGGCAGUGGCCACAAAAAGACGUUCAUUGGCGAAGAGGAGGCGCGAGACAGCUACGAGCAAGUUGGUCUUCCAUCGAAAGGUUGGCUCAGCUUCCAGCCAUAUUAUGAUGAGAUUUUAGCAAAGACCAAUGGCAGCUUCCUUGGGUGA